AUGCAGUCGCCCCGCCUACUAGACGACUAUAACCGCGUCGAAACCGUCCCUAACGAUUACGAUAUAGUCCACCUCCGCGUCCUAUCCGUAACCGAGGGCGAUAGUCGCGAGGAGAGUAGCGAUAUCGGCCGCGAUAAAGUCACUUAA